AGAAAUAAAAAAAUGGAAUAUAAACAGUGAGGUUUCGCGCCAUUAUCGGCGAAGUUUGGAAUCAUAAUCGUAUUUCGUCCAUUGAGUUUUAUAAAUUGGUCUCUGAAAUUGUUUCAAAUAAAUAUGAAAUGGUUAAUUCAUAAUAAACCUGCAGAUUAAUGAAAGAUAAAUCAAGAAUAGGUUGAAAUGCACAUAAUGAAGUUAAUAGAUCCCGUAGUGCGAAGUUUUAAAGUAGCUAAAGUAUUUAGGGAAAACACAGAUCGAAUAAAUAGCAUAGACUUUUCACAGAAUGGCGAAACUUUGAUAUCGAGUAGUGAUGAUGAAUCAAUAGUAAUUUAUGAUUGCGAAAGAGGAACGCACAAAAGAACUUUGCACAGUAAAAAGUAUGGUGUUGAUUUAAUCCGUUACACUCAUGCUGCUAAUACAGCGAUUCAUAGUUCAACUAAAGUAGAUGAUACUUUACGUUAUCUCUCACUUCAUGACAAUAAAUACAUCAGAUAUUACCAAGGUCAUACAAAAAAAGUUGUUUCAUUAAGUAUGUCACCAGUUGAAGAUUUGUUCAUGUCAAGUUCAUUAGAUUCAACCAUAAGAGUCUGGGAUUUAAGAUCUCCAAAUUGCCAAGGUGUGAUGCAUUUAAAUGGUCACAAAUCUGUUGUAAAUUUUGAUCCAGAAGGAUUAAUUUUUGCAGUGGGACUUAAUUCUGAAUUGGUCAAGUUAUAUGAUUUAAAAUCAUUUGAUAAAGGACCAUUCAACACAUUCAAACUACCUCAAGAUAAAGGUUGUGACUGGACAGGUUUAAAGUUCAGUCCUGAUGGGAAAACAAUUCUUAUUUCUACCAAUGGUCAAGUCAUUCAUUUAAUAGAUGCCUUUCAGGGAACGCCACUUCAGGCAUUUACAGGUCACAUAAACAAUAAAGGAUUGCCAUUAGAAGCAUCAUUCAGUCCAGAUUCUCAAUUUGUGUUUAGUGGGUCUACAGAUGGUCGUAUUCAUGUGUGGAGUGCUGAAACAGGCCUGAAAACUGCCGAAUUAAACUGCGACCACACGGGGCCAGUGCAAUGUGUUCAGUUCAACCCAAAAUAUAUGCUACUUGCUUCAGCAUGCACAAAUAUGGCAUUUUGGCUCCCUUCAGCUGAAGAAGUUUAAUGGGUUAGAAAUUUUCAUUUGUAUAGAUUUCCUUUUCGGGUUUCAAAGCUUCUUUAGAUGUUUUAAGCCUACCAUUUUUCUCCACCGUCGUCACUCAACCGCCUGUAUAAAUGUCUCAUUUGUGACAUCCUCUUAAAUCAUAUUGUUAAAAUGCAUUCUUUUUAAUACUAAUCAUUUCGACGCUUUUAUUGACAUAAUCAUUGUUAUUUUGCCUUGUAGAUACUGUUACUGAACAAAGACUACAUACUUUUGUGGUAUAAAAUUGUGUUACGUUUUAAUCUGUACAUGUUGUAAAAGUAUGUGUCAAUAAAUUUUACUUUAUACUACUUAAAAAAAAAA